UGUAUAUUCGGAAUCUACAUGAUAUAACACAUAUUCGUAGAAAAUUUCAUUAAAAAAAUAUCCAUUUUUCUGAAAGUUAUGAUUAUCCGAAGUCAGGGUGGGGGCAGGAAUCUGUAGUUAUGCCUUAUUUUUCGUACCUGAAACCUUGCAGGCUUAAUACGUAUCAAAUAAUGUAAAACUCAUCUCAUCUAUUUAGUUUCUAUGUUAUAUUUGAAAUACAUUUUGGUAUCCCUAUUUGGUAGUUUGAAAAUAUGAAAACUCAACUUAUAAGUGGCCAAAUUCAUCACGAACAUAGGAUAGAUUUUUCAGGGAAGACAUUAUCUUAUUAACCCCAGAGAGGUGAAAGACAAAGCUAACUGCAACAGGACUUGAACUCAAAAUCUAAAUAAUGCAAGUUAUUUUGUCCAAUAUUCUAACGUUUCAGCUAAUCCACCGUCUACAAUGUAACAAAUUAAUAACUGAGGGGAGGUCACCGUGGAAUGAGAGUAAAAUAGAGUAGCUUCCCUUGACAUGUUUAUAUAACGCUUCAGUGCGAUAAUUAUAAUCACGAAGGUUAACUUUGAAACAGUUAAUCAUAAUUUUUUGUUCUCUUGACUAAUUUAAGCCAAAAUCAUGUUGUAUAAAACACUGAACAAAAUUACCACUUUGUCUAUAUGCUUACACAGAACGAAUUCGACCUGUUUAUUUCUACAGAACAUUUCAGUUCCUAAAUCACAUGCUGUACACACGCAUGCACAUCUUAAAAUACGUCCACAUCAUAGUCUGUCCUCUUUCAGAAGUUUACAUACUUUAACUGAUCGGUCUUCUAUAUGCCAAGUUAAGCAAAACCAUCGAUGUUUCCAAAAGUAUUUACCUUUACGAUCUGUCCAUACAGCGGCUAUAUGUCAGUCUAUGAACAACGAUACCGUUUCCUACCCUCACGGUACAACCCCAAUACAAAUGUGGGGUCAUGAAACAGACUCUUUUGGUAAUAUUGAUGUGGAGGUUCCUUUUCAUGUACUUAUUCGACCUUUGGAUCCAGUACAAUACCCAGAAAUGAAUAGGGUGUUUAUAAAACUCCUGGUACCAGUCUCAAAUGAGUCAGCUAACAAAGCAUCAUUUGUUUCCAAUUUGUCUCGAUGGAGUGACAUCUAUGAAUUGAAUUCUACCACUGAAGAGGACAAAGUUAUUGUUAAAGGUCACAUACCUAAAGAUAUUUUUGGAGAUUCUUUGCCAGAAAUGACCUGUCUUAUUGAGGUUCCUAUUAAAUUCACUGUUAAUGUUCAAGUUGCUGGGAAAGCUAAUGUUUCAAUACAAAAUAUGGAAGGAGAUAAAAUUAAUGUUAAAUUUCACUAUGGAAAAUGUCUGUUAACACAAAUUAAGGCUAGUGAAGUUGAUGUGUACUGUGUUAAAGGGGACAUAGAAAGUUCUGGAGUAUUACAAGGGAACAUCCGACUGAAAUGUCAAAAUCAAGGGGUUAUCAAAGCAGACCGUCUGCAAGGACAGACCAUUCACUGCAGUGUGGGUGGUGGCACUAUGGAUAUUCAAAAUAUUUAUGCUGAUACCUGCAAUUUAACUGCCAGUGCUCGAGCCCAGCUCAGUAUUGGUAGUUGUCAUGGAGACACAAUGAUACUCAUGAAAGAAGGAAAUGUGAAAAUUAAAAAUUUAGAAGGUCAUCUUGAUGGUACUACAGAUGAAGGAGACAUGGAUAUAGGAUUAACAAACACUCCAAAGAAUGUAUCAGUUGAAAAUCAUAAAGGUGAUAUUAUUCUGGGAUUCUGUCCAACACUGAAGGCCAAUUUUGAGCUUAAUGCAAAAAAAAUAAAGUUAGAUGAAGAUUUUUCAGAACUGUCAGAGAAACUGGAGAAAAAAAUUGUUGGUGAGAAACAUUUGGAUUGUCCACAAAUACACAUGGAAUUACGGGGUUCAAUUGGAUCUGACAACAAAAAUUGCAGCCAGGUUAAAGCCAUUGCAAAUCAAGGUAACCUCACUUUAAAGAAGCAGGAUUGGCUUUCAUCCCUUGGAUUUUCUCUCAAGAUGGAUUGAUGAAGAACAAACCUUAUUCUGUAUUUAUAUCAUUAUUGAUGAAAAGACUUAUUUAAAAAUGUGUUUUGAUGUUGUUGUUUGUUGUUGUUUCAUUUGAAACCCUAUUAUAUCAACAAAAUGGAUUACAACAAAUCUAUUUAGGCAGCUACAACAGAAUAAUUUAAUAUUUAUUAUGUCUGGUUGGUUUUUAACUCUACAAUAUUGGUAGUAAAGUGUCAUUCGUCAUUUAUUAUUGACUUAUAUCUUUAUCCUUGUUAUAAAUUGAGGUGUAUUUCAUUGGCAUAGAGAAGGAAAUGGUCUAAGAAAUAUGCCACUGAACUACUAAAUCAUGAGUUAUAAAGAAUUCUGUUGUUUAUAAGCAGAGCUAUUAAAUGUACAUCUAUGGGCUCAUUUCUCUCAACAGGUCUCAUGGAAAAGUUACUGAACAGGAAUUGUUAGCACACAAAAACAUUUUGAGUAUGUUUUGCUGCAAAUGCAAUUUUACUAUGAGACUUUAGUAUUGCUGAAGACGUCAUAUAAAGCAUACCUGUAAAAGUGAUUAAGAUAUUUAUAUUUAAAAAAUGUGGAUGUUCUCCAUCACUGCAUGUCACCAACUAUCAUGGUCUGCUGUUGUCUCCUUUGUAAAGUUCAACAUCUCAAGAUCAGUUUUCAUCACUUUAUUCCAUAUUUUUCUAUGUCUUUCUCUUCCACAUACACCAUUCACUUUGAACACUCAGCACUUUUUUAUGCAGCUGUUAUCAUCCAUAUGCAUCACAUGCUCGUACCAACCCAGUCGUCUCUCUUGACUAUUACAUCCAAUUCCUCUUACAAUUUUUCUCUUAGGUCAUUUGUAUACCAGCUAAGCAUGCUCACUGUAUUUAUUUAUAACCUUUGCAAAUUCUCUGCAGUCAAAGUCCAUGUUUCACUACCACAUACAUUAUAUAUAUAUAUAAACUUAACAGGCAUAAAAUAUACCCCAGUAUUAAUCACAUUUGAACUACUAGAGCCUACAAAUGCACCUAAAACAACAGCAAGCCCUUCAAACUUACACUCACAAGGCUUUGGUUGGCCCAAGGCUAUAGUAGAAGACACUUGCCCAAGAUGCCACGCAGCGAGACUGAACCCUGAACCAUAUGGUUGGUAAGCAAACUACUUACACACACAGCCACUCCUGUGCCUAUACCUAAGUUUUAACAUUAUCUUCAAAAUAAUCACCUUGUGCAGCAAUACACUGGUCCCAGUGUUCCUGCCACUUUUGGAAUCUGGCCUGGAAGUCAUUUUCCAUAAGCGAGUUGAGGACCUUCUGCGAUUCACUCUGGAUCUCAACAACAGUGUUAAAACAGUGACCUUUGAAUUGCAUUUUCAUCUUCAGGAAAAGAUGGAAAUCUGUAGGUGCUAAAUCUGGCAAAUAGGGUGGGUGUGGAAGUGAUACUAUGUUGUUUUUGGUGAGAAACUCAUGAGUGAGGAGAGCUUGAUGAUAGGGUGCAUUGUUGUCAUGAAGAAUCUAAUUCUUUGUGCUCCACAAAUCCAGUCACUUUGCUAAAUAUUCUCCCUCAAAUACUUCAAAACGUUGCAGUAGAACUCUGAAUUGACAGUCUGACCCUGAGGGAAGAAUUCUUGAUGCACAAUACCAAAUUUCCAGGGGUGACACUCAUGGCAGAUCACUCAUCGUUUUCCACGUAUGUUCUGCUUUUGAAGUGCUCAUGUCACUUGAAACAUUGCAUAUGAUUGCCCCAUCACCAUAAGCUUGCCAAUGUAUGCUCAAUGUCGCUGUACCAGAUUUCCUGAGUUAAUGCAAAAUUUCACAUUGGCUCUUUGUUCCUGUCCAUGACAAAAUCAUAGACUACAACAUACACAUAAUCAUAAAACCACAAAUAUUACAACUUGCAAAGUUAACACAGCAAUGUCAAUCAGUACACUGCCUCAUGAAGGUCACUGCUAGUUCUUGCUGUACAUGCAACCAGGUGUUGCUACCUUUUGGCACACUCCAGAAUUAAUUCGGGAACUUUUUGAUACGACCUUGUACACAUUCAAAGACAAUAAACUGCACAGCAAACAAACACACGCCCAAACAUUAAUACAUGUUUGUUUUUCUCCCCAUUAUUCAAACUCAGCAAUUUAUAAUCCUUUUCAUACACACAUGUGCACAGAUUUGUUGUCUGAUCAUUUACAAAUGCCCACAUGAAUAAAACACACAGAAUAAGACCAUGCACAUGUCAACACAAAAAAAUUCACACUCAUACCCACAUAUAUAAAUUGAUAUGACAAACUAAACACAGUCACACACAAGCACACAUGUGCAAAUCACACAAAACGUGCUCAUGAAUAUAAUGAAACCAUACACACAUUCAUACCUAUCUGGUUAGUCAUACACAUAUGCUAACAUAUAGAAUCACACAUACAAACACACACAGACUUUAAGAGACAUACCUCUAAAAGAGCACGCACACUGAUAGAUAAUGUGAUCAAAUGUCCUUUCCUAAAAUGUCAAUGAUCUCUUAUGUCUUACUUCCUUCAAUCCAUUUUGUCAUAAUAAUACCUGCUCAUACAUCGCAAACAAAUUCCUCCACCAUCCAACAGUCUAUACACCUCAUCAACCCCCAGCAAAACACAAAAACAAUAGUAUCACACACUGGCAAAAGUAAAACAAAGCAAAACUAUAUAAAUUUCUUCCAAAGUUAUGGAAGCACAGUAGGAAAUGUUUUAUCAGUUCAAUGGCUUUUGAGGUUUAGCUUUUUCCUCAUUGUAUGAUCUGUAAAUAAUCAAAAGUAUAUCUUCUUAAUGCAGCCAUAGCUGUGAUGAUUUGUACCAUAAUGCACCUGGAAUCUCUCUUCCCAGUUGUUUUGAUUGAUCUUCAAUUUUAUGAUGUGUGUCUCUGCCAAAAACAACUAUGUAGCUGAAUAGUCUUCAUCUUCUGUUAGGGUACAAAGGUUUCCAAAAUAUCACACCUGAUAUGACUUAUUGUUCAGUACAGUGGCUGCAACUAGUUAAGCCUACUUUGUGUUGAGCAACAACAGUAUAGCUUACCUUAUGUUUGAAAAUCAGAAAAAAUAAAACAUGACGUACUUGGUUAGAGAAAAAUUAAUUUUUACCAUAAUGAAUUCAUACAUUAUUUUUGUAGCACUAUAAUUUAACCCUUUAAUAUUUUUAUAUAUCUGAUAGUGUUAGAGAUAUUGUGAUGCAUGCUUAUAAAUGACGCAAUGGUAAAAUAAAGAUCUUAUUUUUUUGUGAGAUUUGCAAAGAAAAAACUUAGAUACUUGAA